UUUUUUAAACAAAAACCAGUUGAACAAAAGUUCGAGAUAGUUAAAACAUUUUAAUAUGCCAUUGUGAAGUUCAGGUUCGUGAAAUACUUUGGGUUGGCGGCUCAUUAGAUCAACUUGCCAAUGAAAUUGUUCAAUCUGUUUUCAGCAUCGUUUGCAAAAGCAUCUUCAUUCUGAAAUACUCCUCUCGCAAUGAAAAAACUUUUAACUUUAUAUAUUUUCGGUCUUUUAGCCUUAAGUGUAGUUGGCUUGGACUAUCUUACAGAAAAACCUGAUUACCUUGAAGAAGGUUGCAGUAUUAAAGAUCCGGAAUUUAGCAAGUGUUCUAUACGAAAUCUGCAAAAUGUCUUCAACCAAUUGAAAGACGGAAUUCCUGGAUUAAAAACUCUUCCUAAAACGGAUCCUUACUAUAUCAAAAAGGUUAAACUCUUGCAAAAUAAUAAUGCAGCAAAGUUCGAAAUUGAAUUGGCCAAUUUGACAGCAGUAGGAUUUGGUAAAACCGUUAUCAAAGAAAACUAUGUCGACGAACGAGAUUACAGUUGGAAGACCAAGUUCUUCCUGCCAAAACUUCGUAUCGAUGGUGACUAUAAAAUAAAUGGUAGAUUAUUGGCAUUAACAUUAAAAGGAGCUGGAGCAUUUUUUAUUGACAUGGAAAACCUUGAAUUUAAAAUGUUAUCCAAAGUUAAGCUAUACGAAAAGGGUGGAAAUACAUUUGGUAAUGUUAGCCAAUGUAAAUUGGAUUUCAAAAUUGGUGCUCUUAAAUUGAAUUUGGAUAAUUUGUUUAAUGGACAAAAAGAAUUGGAAGAUAGUAUGAAUACUUUGUUGAAUGAAAAUUGGAUGGACUUUGUUGAUGCAAUGAGACCAGCACUAACUCAAAUGAUGGAAGGAAUUAUGGAGGAUAAUAUGAGAAAAGUAUUCCAUUUUGUACCAGCGAAAUUUUUUAUUAAAGAUAUUCCGAAAUCUUAUGAGUUAAAUGGUUACAAAGACAAAAACAGUAGUUGAAAGGAUUGAUAUAUAAAAUAUUUCAAUAAUAACAUAAAAAAAAA